UUUUUUAUUGUUGUUGAUUGAAAAUAAGAAUUUAUGUGAUGACUAAUUUUUUCUCAAUUAAUUUCAUUUAAGGAAACUAUUGAUGGUUAUAAGUAAUAUUCCUUUAUUAAUACUGCUUUAUUUAACGGCUAUGUCUGAGUAGACAACGUUAUAUUUAUUCCAACUACAAUGAAAAAAGAAAUAUAUGGAGAACAAUUAUUCAAGAAGUAUGUAGCAUUCCUAAGUGUUCUGGAUAUCUAUCAAUCUUAUUAUGAAGAAAUUUUGUGAAGAACUCAAUUACAAACAUAUAAUAGAUAUAACAUGAGCUUUUUCCUGUGUGGAAAAUGUAGAUCUACAGAGGAAAAGAUUGUCGAACUAGACUACUCGAGGUGUGGUCUGUCAGAUGUGCCAUUUGAUGUAUAUUCCAGUUCCCGUACUUUGGAAGUACUGCAUCUAGAAGGGAACAAACUCAGGGAUCUCUCUCCCCAGUUAUUUCAAUGUAUAGAUCUUAAAUAUUUGAAUGUUAGUGAUAAUGAGAUCAAUUCCUUACCACCUUUAAUAUCGAAAUUGACCAGUUUACAGGUGCUAGUAUUAAGUAAAAAUGCAUUGGUGCUAGACAGUUUAUCUCCAAACUUAGAUAAACUGAAUAAAUUGACUACAUUGGAUCUUAGCAUGAAUGAUUUAGGCAAAGUGCCAGAAACUGUGAUGAACCUUAUUAAUUUACAACAGUUAUGUUUGAAUGAUACUGGAAUAGAUUAUAUACCAGCUAAUAUAGGCCGAUUGUCAAAUUUAAGAAUAUUGGAGCUAAGAGAUAAUUAUGUUGAAGAGUUGCCAAAAUCUAUAAGAAGACUGACUAAUUUGCAAAGACUGGAUGUGAGCGAUAAUAAUUUGAAUGCUUUAGAAGAAAUAGGAGAAUCGCAUGGUAACAUAACAGAGUUAUGGUUGAAUGGAAAUAAUUUAGAAAAAUUACCAGCUACUAUCAAUCAAUUGAAGAAGCUAAACGAUUUUGAUGCUUCCUCUAAUUGUUUGAAAGCAGUACCUAGGGAGAUAGGCCAUUGUAUCAAACUUACAAAUUUAAUUUUGAGUUUCAACAACAUUGAAUUAUUACCAAAGUCUAUUGGUAACCUUAGAAAUUUACAAGUUCUAAAAAUUGAAGGAAAUUGUCUAGAGGAAUUACCAGAUUCCUUGAGUAAACUACUCAACUUGGAAGAACUUAAUGUUCAAAAUAAUUCAUUAACAAGUGUUCCUUCUGGUAUUGGACACCUUCGUAAGUUGGGGACACUAAUAUUAUCCAAUAAUAGACUCACUCACUUACCAACUGAGAUUGGAAGUUGUUUGAAUUUAUCUAUUCUUAAUGUCCACCAUAACCUACUUUCAAAGCUUCCUGAUGAAAUUGGACACUUGCACAAAUUAACAACUCUGGGGCUCAUUGGAAACAGACUAAGUUACCUACCAAUUACUAUAUCGAAACUUUCAAAUUUGCGAGCUUUGUGGCUUACACCUAACCAAACCCAACCACUCAUUCAUUUACAAAAUGAUCAACUGGAGACAGGGCAGGUUGUUUUAACCUCAAUUCUGUUCCCUCAAGUUCCUAUUUCCUCAGAAGAAGAAUUAUCAGUCGCAGAGAUUCCAGUCGUAAUAACUCCACAGCCAGGAAAAAUAAGUUUCAGCGCUGAUACAGGACCUACUGAAGCGAGGUUGAGUAGAACCCCCACUCCAUAUCGUAAGGAAUUGAGAAGAUUAAGGCACUCUUUGAGUGGCCCAGGUGUAACCCAGAUCAGGGAGGCGAAAGUUACAAACAUCACAAGUGAUUUUGUUCCUCAAGAUCAGUAUAUCAAUACUCAUAAUAAUAUGAAUGACAAUACGACUUUUGUCACUCCAAAACAACCACCACCCUAUUACGUUGCUGCAGCUUACUCAAAAAAUGCUCAUUUGUUUAAUGAUGUUAUCCCAGUUCCCAAAGAUGGAAUACCACCGCCAAGUCCUCUUGAAAAGCCAAAAAAAUUCAGUCAACAUCCUGCAAAUGUGAAUUUAUUGAAGCCACAACCACGAACAGGUCCCACCUGGCCAUUUGGAUCACACAAAAUUCGUUAUGUUACUGAAGUUGAACUAGAUGGAAAUUUACAGGAAGACGAUUUUCGUAUAGUUUCAAAAGAUGAUGGAGUGUAUAUAGAUUUCGUGAAGACAACUGGAAGUGCCUUUAAUAAAUUACAAAUUGGAGACAAACUUUUAAGCUUUGAUGAUGUUGACAUUUCAGUAUUAGAUCCCAGUUCUGCAUAUCAUCAAGUUUUAAAAGUAAUAAAUAAUACUAAAGUAGUUACAGUGUCCAGACAAUUACAAAGUAAUGACAAUUAGUUUAUACAUAGGCCUUUUUAUACUUAUUUAUAUUUGAGAUUUGUAUCAUUGUUAAUAAACGAUUUAUUACUAUUGACCUAUUCA